AUGAAAGCAGCCCAACUGGUAGCCCCCAAGCGAUGGGAAUUCACCGAGGUGGAAACCCCGGCCCCGGCCGAUGGUCAGGUCCUGAUCAAGAUGGAGACCGUCAGCGUUUGCGGCUCGGACAUCCGUCACACCUACGGCCCGGUGCUGGACGAAUCGGAAUACCCGCUGGCGCCGUGUCGCGGGGCGCAUGAGCUUGCCGGCAUCAUCAUCGAGAGCAAGACCGACGAAUUCCAGGAGGGGCAACGGGUCAUCACGAUUCCCUACGCCGGCACGGGCGGGCUCUGCGAGUACGUGCUGUCCGAGCCGGGCCGGCUGGCGUUGCUGCCCGAUGAGGGGGGACUGGACGAAUGGGUGAUGUGCCAGCCGCCGGGGACCGUGCUGUACUCCUGCCGGCAGAUUGGGAGUCCGCUGCAGCAGAACAUCCUGAUCUUCGGCCAGGGCAGCAUCGGCCUGAGCUUCACCAUGAUCCUGUCCCGCAUGGGCGCCCGCAGCGUCACCGUGGUGGAUCCGCUGGACUAUCGGCUCGAAAAGUCGAAGCAGAUGGGGUCCACGCACCGGAUCAACCCGGACAAGCAGGAUGUGCAUGAGGCGGUGAUGGAGAUCACCAAGGGACGGGGGUCCGGACGUUUGCGUCGAGGCGGCGGGUUAUCCGGAUUCCCUCAAUGA